AUGUCCGCCUCCACCAUCCCCAGCUUCGCCGCUCGGGAUAUCCAACAGCUGGUCAGUGGAUAUGCCCAAGACAACCUCCAGCAAUGGGGGCAUGUUGGCCUGUUCGAGUACGUUCUAGGGCAGGACCCUUAUAUAAACGCCAUUCACUGGGCAAUCGAUGAGCUUGCGGCGCAGCUGGUCUGCGUUAUCAACGCCAAUUCCACGGCGCCAAUGAUCCUGCGGAUCAUCGUGACGCCCGAUUUCCUCUGGGCGGGCAUUCACGCUGUCCCCCUCCGUGUGGCGAGUAAGUCUACCCCCUCCCACGUUUCUCAUCUUAUCUGUCAAGUAUACAAAGAGGACAAAACUGACCCUGUCUUUGCUCUGCUAGUCCCACUGGAAGUAUACGCCCGGUUCCUGGAAGACGCCCUCCUCCAGUCACCCCUAACUUCGGGGGUGCUGGCAAUCCGCAGCCUCAACUUCCAAGAAGAGUGGAUGGCCGUCCAGAACGCCUUGUUUGGGCACCUCGGGCCCCCCGAGGGUUCUCCCGCCGCGAUAAUCGCCGAGGGCGGCAUCCCUCCGGCCUGCCGCGACGUCCCGGAUAGCUACAUGAUCACCAUACAAGUUCCGUCCCUGCCCCCGCUGCCGCCUAACAAUGACCCCCAUUAUGGGGGUACCGUGCGAGUAACCGGUCGAGAUGGAUUGGAGGUACCCCGGAAGAACUGGAGGUACUAG